ACGCGACCGCCGACCGGCGAGGUGAGGUUAGUACGGUCAACGGUGUAUGUAUGUACAUACCGUGGUGUACCGAUAUACGAUUCAUGGUAACGGUUCCGCGGGCGAAGGGCAGGAUUUUGCGAAUCUUUGUUUUAUCGCACAAAAAAUAUAAUCCGGCCACCCCGAGAGAAUGGACGCGUUGGCGACGGGAAACUUGACGGGUUCGCAGCGGGACGAGUUGAUGCAGCAAUUGAAGCAACAAAUAGCGGUCGCCAAUGCUCAGGAACUGCUCACGAAAAUGACGGAGAAAUGCUUCAAAAAGUGCAUAGGCAAGCCGGGCACUUCGUUGGACAGCUCGGAACAGAAAUGCAUAGCGAUGUGCAUGGAUCGUUACAUGGACUCGUUUAAUCUUGUGUCGAAAACAUACAGCGAACGACUUCAAAGAGAACGCAACAGAAUGUAAAUACGGAAGUUUGUGAAAAUAUAAUUGUUACUUGUUA